AAGGGCGGAGCGGAGGCUGCCGGGGCCCGGCGGGGGUGGCGCUCGCCUCCGCCUCCUCCCGGUCGGAGUCCCAGCCCCGUGGUAGGGAGCCCGGUUGGCUGGCUGGAGAGGGCACGGGAGGCUGCGGAAGAACGGGGGGUUCCUCCACUCCCAGUUCCGAGAUUCUGUAAACGGAGGAGCCCUUUGCUAGCAUCAGGCUAUGAGUUCCUAUGUAAGAUGAACUGUAUUCGUUUACCUUUCCAUCUGUCUGAAUUUCAUGCUUUUGUCUCUCCUGAUACAUGGUUUCUGAGAUGAUUACAACUGUAAAUCGGUGUUCAGUAACCUGAAGAAGUGUCAAUGCAAGUUCUUAUCCUAAAGCCUAACACUUAGAGGAUCAGCGUUCUGUUCUGUAGUAUUCAUUUAUGAAAGUCACAUCAUCCUACCGUGGUGGAUGGCUUGGCCUCUUGAAUAGUUCAAGACUCUUGGAUGACCACACUUUAUGCAAAAUUUGGAAUCUUCCUGCCUGGACUCUUUCCUGUUUUCUAAGGCAAAAUUCUCCAGCAGUCUUCUCUAGACUGAUGGACGUAGCCAUGGAGCCCUGCAGUGCUUCCUGCAAAUAUGGAGAAAUCCCAAAAGUUCAUGUUGGGGAGAGGUCUAAAGCGCAAGCUAAGUGACUAUGAGGAGAACAUGGCUGGUCUCUCGAGUGCCUUUGACUCCAGUCGAAGUCUCUCCUACCCCCUUAAGAGGCAGCUGGUGCUCAACAUGUGCCUCACCAAGCUACAGACCUACAAAAUGCUGGUGGAACCGAACUUGCACCGCUCUGUCCUCAUCGCCAACACAGUGCGGCAAAUUCAAGAGGAAAUGAGACAAGAGAGCAGUCAGCAGCCAAUUAAUGUCUGCCCUGGCAUUACUCCUACUUCUCCCAGCUACCCAGGGAUGGAGUCAUCUGGGAUUUCUCUUCAGUUGCCUUCAGGUAUCAGUCAGCAAGAGUCUAACUGCUGCGACUUGCGGUCUGUAGAAGACCCGAUUGAAAAUAGCCUGCUGAUAGUUUCAGAUGAUGAUAUGUCAUCUGCUAUUUCAUCUAUUCUGAAGGAUUUAGAUUUUGUAGAAGAUAUAAGCCCGCCUACUUGCUUGGUUCCUACUGGAGAUGACCAGCCAAAGUUUCCAGAAAAUGCUGGUCUCAAACUAGAAGAUGAUAGACAGGAUUUGAAGGGAGCUGAAUGUGUGUUUGGUUCCUUUGAGAUCUCAAAUUCAACUAGUUACUUGAAGGAUUUGGCAAUAGAUGACAUUUUUGAAGAUAUUGACACUUCAAUGUAUGAUUCAGACUUCUGUUGCCCUCCACUAAUGCCGACCAGACCACCAUCUCUUGCUACAGAAGAACCAUUGAAAACCUUUCCAUCUUGUAAUUCUUCUUCAGCAAGCAACAUUCAGAUAUGUAGAACAGAUCUGAGUGAGCUGGACCACAUCAUGGAAAUUCUUGUUGGAUCCUGAUCCUUGUUUUACCCAAAGAUACUUUUUAACUGCCGCUUUCAUUUGGUUUCAGGAUAAAAGCCACUGGAAAAGUUGCAAAGAGCUCUUUAAAACACAAACUAAAAAUAAGUUUUAGAGAGAUUUUCUAAAUAAUUCCAACUUAUAACCAAACAAGUGGCAGAUUUUUUUUAAGAAAAGAAAUAUUUAUUUAUAAGAACUGUGCAAUCAUCUUUUUCCUUCCAGGGUGUAUGUGGAACAGUAGGCACAUACCCUUAAUCACCCCUCAUGCCUCUUUCAAUAAACUUUUUUAUGUGCAAUUUUUAAUUUGUCAGAAGAAUUUACAUGCAAAACAAAUUUCAUAUGAGAUGAUCUUAUACAAAGCCUCCACUUUAUUUUUAAUAUCAAAGUCUAUGCCAAGUGGGCAUACGUCAAGUUGCAGAGUUGGAUUGCAUGGAUUGCAGGUGCAGUACUAGAGAUGGGUAUAUUUUAAAAAUGAGACAUGCUUUCUUUUGAUCCGAAAAGCAGAUCAAGACACUUGUCAACAAAGUCUCUUGCAUUUUCUAAAGCAUUCAGAACUAUUUAUUUUUGUAAAUUUUAUAGUCUUUCUACAUUUUACUACGUUAUUUCGUCAUAGUUCAAAGAUAAUGGACUUCUAGUUGGAUGUGUUUAGCACUACCUCUGAGCUGAAAUGCUUUAACUCUUUCCAGUGCUUCAUCUAAGACUGCAGAUCUUUGUGUUUCUUUUUUGUUUUUGUUUUUUUCUGGGGGAAAGUACUUUUAACUCAUUGAGCUGAUCCUUUGACAGUGACCUAGCUGAUUUGUGAAAUCAAGGGUAUUCAAUGUUUAAAAACUUUGAAGUAUUUACAGAUGUAAUUUAUAUGUAGAUUGUGCAAUUUAACAUUUUUCUGUCAGUAUUACGUGCUUAGAUUUUUAAUCUUGGCGUUCUUUAAAUUAAAACUUAUUAUGUACAGGUAGCUUUUAAAUCUGUUUUCAGAAACACUGUCUUUCAACCCUGCUUUCACUACGAAGUUUAAGAUGAUUUCUAUGUGCAAUAUUAUUUAAAAAGAGACACAUUUGUAUACCUGGCAUUGUAGAAAGAAAACCUUCAAGCUUAAAACUUUUAGCACCUUGGGACGAUACUUCUUACUCCACCAGUGCUUACUGCUUUGGAUACUCCUGAAGUGCUCAUAGAUGGGUGGUGAGUCAGUGCUGAUGACUCAGAGCCAUCCUGCAGCUGUGUCCCUGAAGGCUCAGGGGUCUGGGGCCUCCGAGGGCUCAGGGAGCAUCAUCCAGGUGGUUGCUGCUGCUGCUGCUGCUGAGGGUGCUGCAGCCUGCACUGGGGCAGGAAGGGUGCAAGGGAAUGGCAGUUGUGUACAUAGGUAAUGUAUAAACGCACUCAGUAACUGAAGAUGAGAUUUGCAGUGAGGACUUACAUAUAUAUAUAUAUUUUAUUUCCACAAGACAGUUGGGAUACUGUGUUUCAGCUUGAACUGAAUUCUGCAUUGAUCCUUGCUAUCAUCUUCUGAGCUGCACACUUGCACACUAGGAUUUUGGGUUUUAUUUUUUAAUGAUGAAAGUUUUGCCUGUUCUUGGAAGCUGCAGCACCUGUCUUGUAAGAAAAUUUGCAGUUGUAAAAGCUUUUGCUUUGAUUUGUUGGGUUUUUUUGGUUUGUUGGGUUCUGGGGUUUUGUUUGUUUGGGUUUUUUUCUGUUCUGCUGAGACUUUUUAUGAAUGGGGCAUCAGCGGAGGGAAAAAAAAAUGUUGCCUGUGUCUUGUAUCUCACAGAAUUUGAAAUCCUGGCCUUGCUGAAGGGUCCAGGGUGUCACCUGCUAUUUCUAGUCUUAACUGAUGCUGUGGCACACUUACCUUGUGCAGAGAUCUCCAUUUUUUACUGUGACUGCUGUGGUUAACAGCUGCCAACACGAUUUGGUGUCCCAAACCAGUGGAGAACCAGUUCAGGUCACGUCCUCGCAGCCAUCUGGGUUGUUAAGCAACCGAAGGGUGUAAAUGUAUUUAUAUGCAUAUAAUGUAUUGAUUCUAAUAUAAAUCUCCUGAUCUAAAGUAUUUUGAAUUGCUGGAUAAAGGGAUUUGUUUGAAGAGUGUAUAAAUAGUUCUUGAAGAGGUACAGCUUCAGAAUGUACACAGAUUGUGCAUUGUGUAUAGACUACUCUGGCUUUUCCUCAGCCUCUACUUUUGUAUUAAAGAUAUGACUGAAUAAAUCCUUGAAAUAUUAAUGGCCUUCUGCACUGUGAUGAAGCAGAGUUGUCGUUAAAAAUGUCUUUAAAUUAAGUGAUGAGGAAUAAAACAAAAAGACUGCAUCUGAUUUCUUUUUGCGUUUGAAAAUACGGAAUGUUACUAUGCAGUAAAGAUAUUUUGGUAUGAAAAUUGUAUCAUGUAGCAAAUAGUGAACACUUAAUAAGUCUACUUACUCACCUUGCAGCCCCUACAGAGACGUAAGAGAAGACAACAUGCUUUUCAGCAUUUACGUGAAGGUUUUUCUAUGCUUCAGAAAUAGAUUAAAUUGUUGGUAGAUGCUUUAUCAACAAUUCAAAAUGCAAUUUUUGUUCAAGUGCUUGCUACAAAGCUCUAAUUGGUUGCUUGCAUCACAGUGCCAAGACCAUAAGCUGGUAUGUAAUGCAGUUUGGUUAUGUAUGGAAUUAUGUGCAAAGGGAAGUUUAAUUUUUAAAUAUGCACAAACUAAUUUUAAAAUCCUUCCAUGUAAAAUGAAGUUAGAGGCUAGUUGUGGUGGACCUAUUUAUUGUAUGUUUGGAAAUAAAAGCCACAGUUUUGCAGUUUAA